CCGCGUCGCAGCCAGAGUGACGUGUGAGCGCCGGCAGCCGGAGUUCCUGGGCACAGUCGGCUUUGGCGGGGACCGCUGCGGCAGUGAUGACUGAUGAUGACUCCGAGAGCGUCCUCUCCGAGUCCCAAGAAGGGUCGGAGCAGGAGCUGCCUGUUAUCCAGCUGUGCCGGCUGGUGGAGGAGCUCAGCUAUUUAAACUCUGCUCUCAAAACUGAGACAGAUAUGUUUGAGAAAUACUACAUUAAACUGGAGCCCAGCGAUCACCGACUUCCACGAUUAUCAGAAAUUAAAAUGUCAGCAGCAGAUUAUGUACAGUUUCGAGGCAGGCGUAGAUCCAAAUCCCGGACAGGUGUGGAUCGUGGGGUGGGCCUGACUGUCGACCAGAAACUCGAGCUAGUACAAAAGGAGCUGGAAGACGCAAAGGAUGACCUACGGCACAUGAGGGCAAAUGCGGAACGCGAGCUGCAGCAUCAUGAGGCGAUCAUUGAGGAGGCUGAAAUUCGAUGGAAUGAAGUUGAGAGAGAAGUGCACGAGUUUGAAAAAGAUAUUCUAAAAGCCAUAUCUAAGAAGAAAGGGAGUAUUUUGGCCACUCAGAAAGUGAUGAAGUACAUCGAGGACAUGAACCGCCGGAGGGAUAAUAUGAAGGAAAAAUUACGUUUGAAAAAUGUUUCUCUCAAAGUUCAGAGGAAAAAAAUGCUUUUACAAUUGAGGCAGAAGGAAGAAGUGGGUGAGGCCCUUCAUGAGGUUGAUUUUCAGCAGUUGAAGAUAGAGAAUGCUCAAUUUCUAGAGACAAUUGAAGGAAGGAAUCAAGAACUGACCCAGCUAAAGCUGUCAUCUGGAAACACUCUACAGGUCCUCAGUGCCUACAAAAGCAAGCUUCACAAGGCAAUGGACAUGUGCAUCAAUCUGGACAAGGAGAUCUUGCUGAGGAAAGAGCUACUUGAAAAAAUUGAAAAAGAAACACUACAAGUAGAGGAGGACCGGGCCAAAGCCGAGGCAGUGAAUAAGAGGCUCCGGAAGCAGCUGGCCGAGUUCCGGGCACCGCAGGUGAUGACUUAUGUCUGGGAGAAGAUCUCAAAUGGGGACCUGGAGAAGAGCAUCAAGAUGUGGGAAAGGAAAGUGGAGAUAGCAGAGAUGUCCUUAAAAGGCUACCGUAAGGUUUGGAAUCGAAUGAAAACAACCAAUGAGCAGUUGCAGGCAGAUUACCCUGAUGAGAAGUAGCCAGAGGCAGGCCACAGCUUACAGACCCAGAUGUCAGCUAUUAAAGUAAUCAGCUCCUUUCUAGUCACGGGCUCUUCUCACUGUUCCCUGUCUGCCUGGUGUUCCCAACUUCCUAGCCAGGCUGAGCAUCACCUCUUGGGCCACAUCUGCUCAUUGGGGAGUGUUUUCACAGCCUGGUCGCUAGAACUGUUACCACUGAAAGAACCACAGGGCACACUAAUGGUUUGACACUUGUUAGCCUGCAUUUAGUUCACAAGCACAGUGAAAGUGACCUUCCCACACAUGGCAGUGAGACAGAGGAGGGAGAACCAGCCCAGUGUGCACCAUGGGUGUAUCGUGGCAGCUCUGGUGUGCCACUAUCAAAAACAGACACCAAAACAGCAUGGUGAAUGCCUGGCACCCAGCGUUCUGAGCUUACUCUUCAGUUUGGUGGGGUAGCUCCUGGACUAGAUAUUGCUGCAAAAGAAAACAAGCACAAAGGAAACCAAGAUGAUUUCUUCGAGCUGAUGCAACCUGUUCUGACCUGCAGAAGACCCACCUUCCCCUACCUCCCCACCGUAAUAGUCAUAGUAUAAGGGUUGUGCAGACGCCUCAGGAGACCUGCCUGAUUCCCUUACACCCUUCUCCCUAAAAUCUAGACCAUCCCUAGAUGCUAGCUGGGAAUGCAUGGUGGUCCUUCUUUGUCCCUGGAAGUAUGAUUCAAUAUGGCUCAGUUCAGAAUCAGAAUAUGUCUUCUGUGUCAUGGCAUUUGGUCCAUGGUGGGAGAAAGAAAUCAACUUUUCCCAGUGGUGAAGUGAAGACAGGGGAGGGCCGGCCGUCUCAGCCUUGGACGUGAUCCAGUUGCUGUAGUCUUCCACCUUGGUGUACAGAAACAGGCCGGGGCACGGCUCACCACCGAAGUUCAGGACUCCUCUCAGAACCCACAGAUCGAACUGCUGUAGCUGGCACAUCAUUGGGCUUCCUGGGUCCCCCUGUGACAAAAGACAGAAGGCUUCAGGUCUUGGAAAAACUAGUAUUUGUUGUAAGUCUAUCCUUGUGCAAUAUACUUUUUAUUCUAGAAAUGUUUAUACUGCUUCUCACUGGAAAUGGGGCAAAUGAUAGGAUACGAUUUCAAAUCUAGGCAGCCACCAACAUGGAUUCCAACAAGAUGACUUUUCCUUUUAUUAUGCAAAUCAGCUGUGACUUCUUCCAGUUGCCUAUAGCUUCCUGGUUCAUAUUUCAUUUUCUUGCCCCUUUCCAGUCCUUUGGCCAAACCCUCCCUCUCUUCUGGCUUCUCAUUCCUAAAAUGUUGGUGUUUGUUACCAUUCUGGCCUGAAAUGCUCACCUUUUCCCUUCUCCUCUCUGCCUUGCUUCGACACUUAGUUUAAGCCACUUCCUGCCACCUGGCAGCUGCUCACCGGCUGGCUGGCCGUGCUCUUGGUUUUCGCCAUUCCCAAGGGAGCAGUCCUCUGGGACUUGGGAAUUCUGCCACACACACUUUACCUAACUCAAGGCGAGGGAGUAGAAGCUUGGCAUCCUUAGCUAGAUAUGAGACCUUGGCAAGUGACCAAAUCCUCUCUGAGCUAAAGAGGGAACACAGUUAUAUGUUCCCACUGUAAUACCCCGCACAGCACAGUGCCUGGCACAGCAGGCACUAAGUGGAAUAUUAGCUACCAUCAUCUUGAUGUCUCUACAAAAGCCAUCAUCUUUUGAAAAGUUGGAGAAAAUGGAAAAGCAACAAGGCAAUUCCUAGGUAUCCUUUGUCUCACCCGUCGCGACCCCACACUGCUAGGUCUCCUCUCAAAGGAAUUCCUGCCCCUCCCGUGGCCCAUCUUGGUCGGAGAAGGGGGUGGUCAUCCCCAGGUUAGCCAGCCGCCUCUGACCUGUGUGGCCUGCCUGGCUGGAAGGCCCGGGCAAUAACAUGUUGCUCUCAUGGUUUGGAGUGGGGCUGCAAUUAAUCACAGGAAACAAUCUGAACAGACUCAACCACAAACAGCAGAAAGGCAGAAAAGCGGCCACCUCAACCCCCCACUCCCUCCCCCUUUUUUUUUGAGAUGGAGUCUCUCUCUGUAUCCCAGGCUGAAGUGUAGUGGUGCAAUCUUGGCUCACUGCAACCUCCACCUCCCAGGUUCCAGAGAUUCUCCCACCUCAGCCUCUUGAGUAGCUGGGGCUACAGGCAUGUGCUACUAUACUCAGCUAAUUUUUUUUGUUCUGUUUUUGAGAUGGUGUCUUGCUCUGUCGCCCGUGUUGGAGUGCAGUAGAGAAAUCUCGGCUCAUUGCAACCUCCUCUUCCUGGGUUUAAGCGAUCCUCCUACCUCAGCCUCCCAAGUAGCUGGGAUUAUAGGCGCCCACCACCAUGCCCAGCUAAUUUUUUGAUUUUUAGUAGAGACAGAGUUUCAUCAUGUUGGCCAGGCUGGUCUCAAACUCCUGACCUCAAAUAAUCCGCCCACCUCAGUCUCCCAAAGUGCUGGGAUUACAAGCAUUAGCCACCAUGCCCAGCGGGGUAUUCUCUUUCAAUAAAGCUCCCUUUUUUCCUCGGAAUUCACACCAGAACAGAGAUGAAGAAACCCAUAGGCAGAUUCUGAACCUGGUGCUUCAUUCUAUAUGUGGGAACUGUGGCUCUGAAGACCUCUGCACAUAAGAACAUAUUUCCAAGAGAGAAUUCUAAGGGGACAGGUCACCAUUAAAUGGCAUACAAGCAUAAUUCUGUUCAAAAAUUAACACCUGUUUAGAGGUGUGCCACAGUUAAAAACCAACCUGAACUUUGCAGUUAGAUUUUAAAAGAUGAUCACUUAGAGCAUAAAUAGCUUAGGAUCUUCCGUUGAGUCGAAUAUACAGUUAGAAAUCAACAUCUUUGAAAUUAGGAUGUGUCUUUUAAUCAGUUGACUUCAGAGUUGAACUGGCAGCAGUUUUUUCUUUCUUGAGAUUACAUAAAGUGAUGGUGCAUUCUAUAAUUGGCAGCAUCUUAGAUCAGAUGAAGGAUAACACUUGUUUGAUGGAAUGGUUGGGGGCAGAAUUUUGUUAAAAAGCUGUAUCUUCACUGUAUUUUAACACAUUAUCUAAUUUAAGAAAUUGUUAAGGUUCCCCCACCUGGCAGAGGACCCAGUACAGAGUAGCUACUCAAUAGAUGUUACACCAACUUUGGAAGGGCAAAUUUGUUUCUUAGCGGGAGGCAGUCCUUCAUGCUUUUGCAAUAAAAUGACUUUUA